AUGCCAAAGGAAAUGGGAUUAUAUGACACGCUCGGUCUUCCAGCUGAAUGUACAUUGGAACAGAUUAAGAAGGCGUACAAGAAAUUGGCUAUGAAGUAUCACCCCGACAAGAAUCCGGGCAACAAACAGGCCGAAGAGAAAUUCAAAGAAGUUGCUGAGGCGUAUUCCGUCUUAAGUGAUUCUAAAAAGAGAGAAGUCUAUGACAGAUAUGGUAAGAAAGGGUUAGAGGAAGGCGGUAUGUCUGGUUUCGACAUGAACGACAUCUUCUCACAAUUCUUUGGUGGUGGAGGAUUUGGGUUUGGUGGACGUCAGCGUUCUGGUCCGCGCAAGGGCCGUACUGUUCAAGUGCCACUGAAGUGCAAUUUAGAGGAUUUGUACAAUGGAAAGACCUUCAAGCGUAAAAUCACGCACGACGUCUUAUGUCCCAAAUGUAAAGGAAAAGGGACGAAGAGUGGGAAGGAGUUAAAGAAGUGUCAACGGUGUGGAGGCCAAGGAGCUGUCAUGAUGACUGAGCGCCGAGGAAAUUGUAUCAUGCAAAGUCAACAGAUCUGUCCCGAUUGUAAAGGGAAAGGGGAGCAAGUCGAUGACAAAGAUAAGUGUCCGAGUUGCCGAGGGUUAAGAGUUGUACAAGAAGAAAAGAUUUUAGAAAUAGUUGUCCAACCGGGGACACGAGAAAGAGAAGCUAUUGCAUUUGCUGGGGAAUCGGAUCAAGCCCCUGAUAUGGUCCCUGGAGAUGUCGUCUUUGUUAUCUUAACAAAUCCAAAUAGUAAAUUCACGAGAAUUGGAAACAAUUUGUUAGUAGAAAAGACUAUUGGACUGAAUGAGGCAUUGACUGGAUUACAUUUUGUUAUGAAACAUUUGGACGGAAGAGAAUUAUAUGUCGAAUCAAAGGACGUCAUUCAACCAAAUUCAUAUAUGAAAAUAGAGGGGGAAGGGUUCCCUAUUAAACAUCAAUCUACUCAUGGAGAUCUCUACAUCCACUUCACUGUCGUAUUGCCUACUAAAGAAAGUCUCGCACAAAAUGUCGAGAAAUUGAAGGAACUGUUGCCUAAAGGAGAAACUGCUCCGGCUGAGAAAGACACUUACACUAAAUGCACUUUAAUGAAAUCAACAGCACCACCUAGCGAUAACGGAUCAUCUUCUACUCGUGGAGGAUAUGACAAUGAUGACGACGAUGAUGACGGUCAACAAGGAGGCGCUCAGUGCCAGCAACAAUAA